AUGUUUUUUGUACCUCUGGCUCUGCUUUCAUUGGGCCUAGGCGGCGUAAAUGCCGUCCCUAUGCCAGCCCCUCAAGCACAGACAACGGAUGCUCCCAAUGAGUGUGUCCCAAAGACUAGCACGCGCCUUGGAAUCGACACUACUGUCCCCAAUCUGGCAAGCUUUGUUAGCGACCUCAAUGGGAAAUACUCCACGUCGGGAAUUUCAUGGUCAGGAACUCGCAUUCCGAUUCACACGAGAACUCUAAGCUACGAGGGCAUCGGUCUUGUAACUGCUGUUGCUUAUUAUGAUUCUCAUGCGCUUGAGUCCGACGGCUACAGAAUUGUGAGCAGUGUUACUACCAUUCCAUGCGUCACGACUCCCACUCUUCCUCCCUCCCCAACCGGUUCCAUUUGUAGUGCGCACGGCGACCAUUGGCAUUGUGAACCAUACCCGUCGACGACUACCACUGCGGAUGGGGAAUGUACUCCUCACGGCGACCACUGGCAUUGCCCUCCCGGAGUCCCAGAACCCACUACACCCCCACCACAGACUACUACAACCACGCCAGCUGCUACCUGUGAACCUCACGGUGACCACUGGCACUGUCCACCGGGUGUACCAGAACCUACCACCCCUCCUCCACAGACGACAACGUCUAGGACGACUACAGUCGGUACUUGUGAGCCGCACGGCGACCACUGGCACUGCCCACCAGGUGUCCCAGAGCCUACGACUCCUCCUCCUCAGACUACAACCUCAAGGACUACUGCCACAACAGUGGCAACCUGCGAACCGCAUGGUGAUCAUUGGCAUUGUCCGCCAGGAGUUCCAGAGCCCACUACCCCUCCUCCUCAAACUACAACUACAUCAAAAACUACAAGUAGAACCAGCACCACAAUUGGUACUUGUGAGCCACAUGGUGACCAUUGGCAUUGUCCACCAGGAGUUCCAGAACCAACCACUCCUCCUCCUCAAACUACUACUACGAGAAGAACUACUACGACCACUACACCAACUGCCACUUGUGAACCGCACGGGGAUCACUGGCACUGCCCACCAGGUGUGCCAGAGCCAACUACUCCCCCCCCUCAAACCACAACUACGACGAGGUCUACGACAAGAACCACAAGUAGAACUACCACAAUUGGUACAUGUGAGCCGCAUGGAGACCAUUGGCAUUGCCCGCCUGGGGUUCCUGAGCCAACUUCACCACCUCCACAAUCUACAACCACCAAAAAGACAACCACUACACCUGUAGCUACCUGUGAACCGCAUGGGGAUCAUUGGCACUGCCCACCUGGGGUGCCUGAGCCCACCACUCCCCCACCGCAGUCAACUACAACUAAGAGAACUAGUACCGUUGGAACUUGCGAACCACAUGGCGACCAUUGGCAUUGCCCACCCGGCGUUCCUGUACCUACCACACCUCCUCCACAAACCACAACUAAAAAGACAACCACUGGCGCUCUAGCCACUACUUGCGAGCCUCAUGGAGAUCACUGGCAUUGUCCGCCAGGAGUACCAGAGCCCACAACACCACCAGCUCAACCCACUACAACCAAAAAGUCUGCCACAACUAGAAGGACUACUACUCCAGCUGCUGCUACUUGUGAACCUCAUGGGGAUCACUGGCAUUGCCCGCCUGGUGUUCCCGAGCCCACGGCUCCACCAGCACAAACAACAACUAGGAAGACUACUACUGCACCAGGAUCGGCGGCUUGCGAAGCUCAUGGUGACCAUUGGCACUGCCCCCCUGGCGUUCCAGAGCCGACUACCCCUCCCGGUGGAAGCAACCCAAAUCCCUCAACCACUGGUGGAAGCGGAAAUGGCGAGUGUGAAGCCCAUGGCGAUCACUGGCACUGCCCACCCGGCGUUCCUGAACCUACAACUCCUCCUGGGGGCCAUCAGCCAUCAGCUCCAAGUUCAAGUGGGGGUGUAGGCCAAUGCGAGGCCCACGGUGACCACUGGCACUGUCCUCCUGGCGCUCCUGAGCCAACAACCCCCCCUGGUAGCAAUCCAGAACCCACAAACACUGGUGGAAGUGGAAACGGUGAGUGCGAAGCCCAUGGCGAUCAUUGGCACUGUCCUCCCGGUGUUCCAGAACCAACCAACCCUCCAGGAUCCGAACCUACAGAUGGCGCUACUCCAACUGGUGAGUGUGAAGCCCACGGUGACCAUUGGCAUUGCCCUCCUGGUGUUCCAGAACCAACCAAUCCUCCAGGCUCUCAACCCGAACCGACGGAUGGCGCUACUCCAACUGGUGAGUGCGAAGCCCAUGGAGACCAUUGGCAUUGUCCUCCUGGCGUUUCGGAGCCAACCAUCCCACCAGGGUCAAAUCCCACAGAUGAGCCAGUCCCAACUGGAGCUAGUGAAUGCGAGGCCCACGGUGAUCAUUGGCACUGUCCUCCCGGCGUUCCAGAGCCUACUAAUCCUCCAGGUUCUGAACCCGAACCUACCGACGGCCCAACUCCAACUGGUGAGUGUGAAGCCCAUGGAGACCACUGGCAUUGUCCACCUGGAGUCCCAGAGCCCACCUACUCUCCCAGCCAAAACCCCACCCCACUCCCGGUUGUAACAGGUGGCCAGUGUGAAGCCCAUGGAGACCACUGGCACUGUCCAUCCGGGGUUCCCGAACCCACCACUCCACCUCCAACUGACGGAAAUAACCCUACCCCAACAUCCCCUGGUUCUGAAGAAUGUGCCGCUCAUGGUGACCAUUGGCACUGUCCUCCAGGUGUCCCAGAGCCCACUUCUCCACCUCCGCCCGCUCCUACCGAUGAUGAAGAUGAUACCCCUGGUGAAUGUGUCGCCCAUGGAGAUCAUUGGCAUUGUCCUUCCGGUGUCCCGGAGCCAACCUAUGCUCCUUCCCAAACAGUUGAUCCUCUUCCUCAAUAUACCGGAGCGGCUUCCAGCUUGUUUUCUUUCUCCAAUAAGAAGACUAUCGUUGGAGCCGUUUCCGCCAACAUUAUUCUCUUGGUUUUGUUCCCCUUUGCAUAA